AAAACGUGUGAAUAUUUGAUAAAAUUAUUUAGUAACUUUAAGAUCAUUCACAACAAUACUUCAAUUUAAAAACAGCAAAAAGAAAAUAAAAUUUUAGAAAAAUGGCUCAAUCAACCUUGUUAAAAUUGUCCUUCCUUUUGGCUGCUGCCUUUAUCCUGGCCCCCACUUACACUAAAGCUAAAUGCAAUUUAUGCACUGAUUAUGGUAUUGCUUGUGUCAAUGAAACAGCUUUCAAUAUGUGCUUUGGAGGCAAACCAGAUACUAGCAACGUUUACAGCUGCCCUCCGGGUAAAGUUUGCAGUGCCACAAGCUUAAAAUGCGCAAAUGUCUCUGGAAGCGCACAACCCGCUUGUGAACCUAAUAAAGGAUGCGGAAUUUGUGAUGGUUUCAAAUUAUUUGCCUGUACAAGUCGCACAACUUUCGCUCAAUGUAAUCCUGAUAAAACUUUGAGUCAAAAGAACAUAAAUUGUCCCAAAGGUUUAACAUGUAGUACACAAAGUAUCGAAAUAUGCGUAAAUGAGUGCGAGAGGCCAACUACUUCUGAAUGCGAUAGAGAGACACCAUUGUAAAUAUUGUGUUAUAUAUUUGUGAAAUUAAUGACUUUAUGAAAUACAUGUUUGCGUUUUUUAAUAUUUAA